UAAAAAACCCUAAUUUCCAAAAUUUAAAACCCUAAACACCCCCUCACUGAGCACACAACCCCCACUCAUAAACGUAACACAUACACACACACGGACAAGAGAGGAGGAAGGAGAAGAGGACGCCGCCGGCGGGUUAGGUGCCGCCGUCGCCGUCGUUGCCAAGCCCGAAGGAGAAAGAGAGUCCGCAAAGGGAGAGUGAGGGACGGAGAAGAGAAGCCGCGCUAACCCCGCAACGCCACUGCGUCGUCGCCUCCGUUGAGCGGUCGCCAUCAUCGUGCGAGAAAGGAGAAGGAGCCGUCGAGGGGUCGCUGAGCCGCUGCCGUCGCCGUCGCGUUCGUUUCUGUCACAGAAGCUUCCAUUUCCGUCACUUUCAUGUUGCGGAGAGAAAGAACUACGCAUGAGUCAGGGGCCAGGGAAAGGGAGCCACCGCCGUUGCAUCCUGGCUACGCCGCCGUUCAAUUCGUUGUUUCAUCAUGGCCAUGGAGAGGAACGUGAAUGGAAAAGGAAACAGGGAAGCUGCUACUUGGGAUUUGAGGAAAACGGCUCUGUUCUGCCUCGCCUCUAGGUUCUGCAAGUUGCCGGAGUCCUCAGCCGCCGGGAACCAGCACUGGAGCUACCCAGAAUCACUACUGCUGCUGCCAUGGGAGCUGGUAUUGGAACCACUGAUGGAGCUGCUGUGUUUAGUGAUUUUCGCGAGUUGUGACAUCGAGAUAUCAAGUGAAGAAGCUAUAGAAACUGCAAAGCAACUAAUGCUUAAAGAAGGCCUGUUUGUAAGUUCCCUAAUAAGAUGCAGAAGACGAGCGAGAAACUUUUUUGGUUGAUGAAGAUGAUGAAGACAAUGACGGGAAUGGGAAUGCCAUUGGUGAGUGGGGAUAUCUGUGCAAUUUAAACAGUUUUGGAAGUGGAGAGCAUCGCCACAAGGGUAGGACAAGUGAGGAGCAGAAGAACAAGGAUAGGACAAGUGAGGAGCAUCGACGGCUGCAGAUUCUCGAACCGAAAUCAAGGGUUGAUAUCGGUUCUUUUCCCUAGGUCUCCACGUAGGGUUGAUAUCAAUUCAAUUUCAGUUUCCAGCAAAGGUUAAAAAUAUCUCUGCUUAGGGUUUUAGCACUUUACAAAGGUACUCUCCCAGGCUCCAAUUCUCUUCUUUUUCUUCUUCACUGUGCUGCUCUUGUUUAUAUUUUUUUAAUCUCCACCUUGUUCUUUCUUCAUCUUUCGAUUCAAUUUAUUGUUGUUUAUAUUUUUUAAUCUCCGCACUUGACAAGUUGAGAAUUAUCUUGCUAUGCUACCUAUGAUAUUGAUAUAUCUCUUUUCGUUUUGGUUUUCAAUCUGCUGGUUUUAUUUCAUUGGUUAUUGCAAGGGUUUGAUCAAGGAGCUUGAAAUUUGAUUGAUAAAUAGCUCUCUGAAACUAAUAGUUAGGUAAUGAAGCGUUAAAAAUGGCUGGCUUUUGAAUUUAUGUUAUUGAUUAGGACAAGAACAAUGAAAUGAUUUUAUAUAGUUUGAGUGUAACAAGCUGAAGUAAAUAAUUUUUCUUUCUGCACUUCUUUGUUUUUCGUCUCAUAUGUGUCGACAAUCUGGUUUUUUGUUGUUGAAAUACCAUAUAUAGAACAUAAUAAUAAUAAUCAAGG